AUGUACAUAAAACAAAUAAAAUUAAAAGGUUUCCGAACAUAUAAAAAUGAAACUGUCAUCGAGUUUACGAAAGGAAUUAACUGCAUAGUUGGAUUUAAUGGAUCGGGGAAAAGCAACAUUUUAAUGGCAAUUGAGUUUAUAUUAAGUGAUAUGUCAGAAUAUAAACAAGUUUUUUUACACGAAGGUAUAGGUAAUGCAGUUAGAAAUUGCUAUGUUGAAAUAACUUUUGACAACUCUGAAAAAUAUUUUAGCAUGUUUAAAGAAAAUGAAAUUAAGAUAAAAAAAGUUUUAGAAAAUAUGAAAUGUGAAAUAUAUGUUAAUGAUAAGAAUAUAAGUAAAAGUCAAUAUGUAGAAUUGUUAGAAAGUUGCGGUUUGUGUGUUAAUAAUUUAUACAAUAUAAUUAAACAGGGGCAGAUAAUUAAAUUAAGUAAUAUGAAAGAGGAAGAAAUAUUAAAUUAUUUAAAAAGUAUAUUAGGUGCCAAAAUAUUUGAAGAAAAAAAAAAAGAUGGUUUAUCUAUGCUAAGAGAAUGUGAUGCUAAAAAAGAAACAAUUCAAAAAGAAUUUAAUGAAAUGAAUACAAAAUUAGAAACUUUGCAAGAAGAGUUUCAAAAGUUUUUAGAAUAUAAAAAACUCGAAAAAGAAAAAGUACAUCUAGAAUACUUUUUAAACGAAAUUAAUUAUAAAAAUAUUUAUGAGGAAACACAAAUAUUAAAAUCGAAAUUACAAGAAUUAAAAAAUAAAACACAAGAUGAAGACAAUGCUCUAAAUUUAAGUAACACUUCGAAAUCAGAGUAUACAGAAAAACUAAAUAAAAUGAAAUUAGAAAUUGUUACAAUUCAAAACGAAUUCGAUAGAACAAUAUCAGAGGAAAUACAAAACAAAAGAAAUAUUAUACAGUUAGAAAUUUUAAUAGAUGAAAAGAAAAAAGAAAAAUCUUUGAAAGAAUCGAAAAAUAAAAAUCAAAUUGAAAAUAUAAAUCAAAUUAAUGAAUUUAUUUUAAGAGUUAACGAAAAGUUACGGGGCCUCAAAGAUGUUAUUACCCUAAAAGAAAAAGAAAUUGAAAAUAAAAACAACGAAAUAAACAUGUUGUUAUCGAAAAACAUGCCAAAAAAUUCGAAUGAUGCUAAUUAUUCUCAUAACGUUAAACAAAUUGAGAAAAUGAUAAAUGAUGUUAAUACGGAGUUAUCUGGUUUAGAAAAAGAGAUAAUGAAAAAUGAAAAUUAUUUGAAAGAAUUAAAAGAGGAAUCAAAAAAAUUGAGCAAAGACGUUAAGGAAAACGAGCAUUUAUCUGAAAAAUAUAUAACCGAGAUAAAUGAACUUAACAAGAAAUCAGAAAAUUGUGUUGAAGAAAAAAGGAAAUUCCAACGGAAAAUAUCAGAAGGAACAUCAAAUUUAAAUAAUAUAAAAAGUCAGCUGAUUGAAGUAAAUGAUAAAUACGAAGAAAUUGUAAAAAGUUCAAAUAAAGAAAUUGUUAAAAUGGUGGAUAUAAUUUUAAAAGAAUCAAAUAUAAACAAGGAAAGCAUUUUAGGAUUUUUGAUAGACAACAUUAAUGUCGACAAAAAUUACAUAAAAGCUGUUGACACAAUCUUAGAAAGCCAUUAUUUUACUUUAAUUGUUGAAGAUAUGAAAACAGCCAAACAUAUAGUAGAAUUUAUAGAAAAAAAACGCGAAGAAAAAACAAAUAAAGAAUUUAAUUUUAGAGAUUUUUUUUUUGGAAAAUUAACUAUAGUACCAUUAUUAAAUGUAAAAAAAUAUAAUGAUUUUACUUAUCCAAACGAUAAAAAUAUUAUUCCCCUAAUUAACUGUGUAAGUUAUAAUAGUAAAAUAUAUGAAUUUUUGAAAACCAUUUUAUUUAAAACUAUUAUUGUGAAAUCUUUGGAAUCAUGUCAAAACUAUUUAGAGGAUAAUUACAACUGUGUCAAUAUCGACGGAGAUUACCUAAGCAAACACGGCUUUGUAUAUGGUGGAUACAAUAAAAAAAAGUAUGGAGUGUAUACAGUUUAUAAUAAGUUAAAAGAAUUGCGAGAAGAAGAAAAAAAAGAAAAAACAAAUAUUGAUAAUUUUUCUAAUAAUAUUGAACAACUAGAUGAAGAGUUAAGAAUUAUUUAUGACCAAAAAUCAACUUUGUUGGGUCAAAAAAAUGGAUGUUUAACAUCACUUAAUUCAAUCACAAAUAGUAUACACAUAAAUGAUGAUAACAUUCGAAAAGCCAAUGAAAAAAUUAAAAGUUUACAAGAAAAAAAAGAAAGCAUUGAGGAUUAUAAAAACCAAUUGAAAAUGCAAAUAUUACAAUUGCGAAAUCAUAGUUUAAAUCCAGAUGAAUCAAAGAAAGGAGAAAACGAUAUUACUUCUAUAAAUGAUGAGGUGAAAAAAUUAAAAGAAGAUCUUAAUAAAGUUAGAAAUGAAUAUGACGAUUUUAAAAAUAAAUUGGAGUUGUUAUAUCAGAAGAGAAAUGAGAACGAUUCAAACAUAUACAUGAAGGACUAUGAAGAUAUCGAGAAAGAGAAGAAAUACUAUGAAGAAAAAAUAAAACAAAUAAAUAAAGAGAUGGAAAUUGUGAAAUCCAACAUUGAUAAAAUUUUAAUAAAUGAAAAAAAACAUAAAAAAAAAAUAUUAGACUUAUGCCACCAGAUGAACCAAACAAACGAAGAGCUUAGAAUUUUAGAGGGAAAAGAAGAAAAUAUCAGAAAAAAAAAAAUUAUAUUGCCUCAAGGAAUAAAAAAUUUGGAAGACUAUCAAAGUUAUGAUAAACACCAACUAUCUUCGAAGCUUAAAUCAAUUACACUCGAAUUAAAACAAUAUUCAAACAUAAACGAAAAAGCAGGAGAUAGAUUGAAUAUAUUAAUGAGCGAUUUUAAUGAAUUAAAAAAAAGAAGCGAAGAAAUAAACACGUCUUAUAAAAAUAUUAAAGAUAUGAUACAACAUAUUGGGAAAAAAAAAGAUGAAGCCCUUGAAGCUACAUACAUAAAAAUAAAUAAAUAUUUUUCUGAAUAUUUUUCAUUACUUUUUAAAAAUAGAAAAGCUAGUUUGAUGUUAAAGCGAAUGGGCGAAAAAGAGUACAAAGAAAGGUUAAAUGAAAUGAAUCAAAAAAAAAGAAUAAGGAAAAAAUAUAUAGAUGAUGAAGCAUAUAUAGACAAAAUAACGGGAAUAUCCAUAAAUAUAACCUCAAAUGAGGACGAGAAAAUGAAUUAUACAAUUCAAGAAUUGUCAGGAGGAGAAAGAAGUAUUGUAGCUAUUUGCCUAUUCUUAUGUUUAAACAAAAUCGAUAACUUUUCUUUUUUCUUUUUUGAUGAAAUCGAUGCUGCCCUUGAUACAGUUCACAGGGAUAACCUCUCAAUACUGCUAAAAGAGCUAGCUAAUAAGGGGACACAAUUUAUUAUUACAACGUUUAGGAAAGAGCUAUUGGAAUACUGUGAAAAUAUGUACAUUGUUAAAAUCGUAGACAGGGAAAGUUACAUAACAAAAGGAACGAAAAAGGAGGCUUACGAAAUCAUUAGUAUUGAAGAAAAAAAUGCCAUAGAAAAUUAG